ACUUGGUGCAUUGACUUCUAGCGGGCACUGUACAAUUCACUCAGAUUUAUAAAUAGCUGCCGGAGAGAGGUGUCUAUAGGGAGCAUACCAUUUGCUUGGUUCGAGCCAUUCGCGUUGACUUCUGCUAGGCCAGUUCUGCUUUGAAUCGCUCGCCAGAUGCCCAGCGCCCGCAUCGAGCACACCUCAACGGAGCCGCACGAGGGCGACGCCACCUGUGUGUCGUACUUCAACAAUCAGCUGUUCUCCGGCGGAGCUGAUGGCAAAAUACGUGUUUGGUCCGCGUCGUUGCAGCUGCUGCGCACUCUGAAUGCCCACGAUGCGUACGUCUAUUGCAUGGCCGUCAAUGGGCAGGGCAAACUGUACUCGAGCAGCUGCGAUGGCCAAGUGAAGUACGUGUUGCCGCCGUAUGAGGACGCUUCGGUGCAGGAGCUAUUCCGCUGCGACGACGCCAUCCAGGCCAUGUACUGUGCUGGGACAGUGCUCUAUACGGGCGACGACAAGGGCGUCGUGACCACCUGGAGCAACGAUCGCAUGCUCUUCAAGUAUAAUUUGGUUGAAGAAGUCAAGUCUUUAGCAGGCGAGCAGCAGCUCAUUUACACAGUGCGCGACCUGGAUGUGGUUGUGUCCGUCGUUGCCGAGGGCAAGUCGGGCAAGUACAGCAACAAGACUGUCAUACCUGGCAAGUCGCCGCUCACGCUGCUCGGGCCAUUGGUUGAGGGGAAAAGAAGCUAUUUGGCAUUUCCCGAUCGCACGGGCAUGGGCCUGCAGCUGGUCAAUAAUCUGCCGCAGUACAAGUUCUCCCACAUUUGGCGUUUGCCGCAAUGCCAUGACAUGAUUGUGAAUAGUAUAUGCGGUAACGAGGACUACCUGUACUCCGGUGGCUACGACAACAAAGUCAAAGGCUGGACAGAUCUGGCGGCCGAGCAGCCAACGCCGCUGGGCGAAGUGGACGUUGCUAGUUGUGUGAAUGCUAUUUGUUGUGGUGCCAAUAAUUGUGUUUAUAUUGCAAGCAGCGAUGGUUUUAUACGUUGCGCUAAAUUUGUGUAGUUAAAUUGAUUGGAAACACAAAUAGAAAUUAAA